AUGACGGGGGAGGAAGAUGGCGACGUCUGCCUUGAGGCUAUGCCUGCAGACGAUGCUCUUCUUGAGCUGGACGAGAUGUCCCUUGAAGAGCUCGGCAGUGCCUUGAAGGCAGGUGAUUUGGCCAAAGCGGUCAUUGCACGACCGGACGACGAGAUAAACUCGUCAUCACUUCUGGAUGAAGCUGUCUGGGAAGAGACCAAGAGAGUGCUGAACGCACAGAGUGAAUCGUCGAUCCUACGGAAUCCAUCGGAUCCGUACUAUACUUUGGUAAAGGAAUUUCAAGACGUCGUUUCCAAAGACUCGCCUUGGGUCCUACCUCCGAACCGAGGUGUGCGUCAUGAAAUCGACCUGGUUCCGGGAAACAAAUACUGCGUAUUAUACUAA